CACGAAUGCGCUGUCCAGUGUCGUUGGAAGCCUCGCACGACUGAGAUCGCAAAACGCUCACCUGGCAGUGGACGAACUUUGCGCUCAAAAUCGGAAAGAAUCCCUUGGUUUCCGAAGUGACUACCUUCCGCUCGAAUUUCGCAAGAAAUUAAAGCUACUGCAAGAUGGCACCAAAAUGUAAAUUAACUUACUUCGCUCUUAUGGGGCUUGGUGAACCAAUACGUUUUCUUUUGUCCUAUGGGAAGAUGGACUUUGAGGAUAUUCGUUAUGAAUUUGAGCAGUGGCCACCAGUGAAAACAUCUACACCAUAUGGAAAACUUCCCCUUCUUGAAAUUGAUGGAAAGAAGAUGCAUCAAUCCACUGCUAUAUGCCGCUAUUUAGGCAAGAAGCUGGGGCUGGCAGGUGAAAAUGAUUGGGAAUCUGCUGAGAUUGAUAUGGCUGUUGAUACGAUAACAGACUUCAGAUUGAAGUUAAGUGACUAUUACUGGGAACCUGAUGAAGCUAUUAAGCAGAAGAAGAAAGAAACUGUGUUUAAUGAAACACUACCCUUUUACCUUGAAAGGCUUAAUGAACAGGUGAAGGAAAAUGGAGGAUAUCUUGCAGCAGGCAAGCUGACUUGGGGAGACAUUUUCUUUGCUGCACUGUGUGAUUACAUGAAUUGUGUGGCUCAGUUUGAUAUUACAAAAGAUUAUCCAAAUCUAGCAUCUCUUAAGAAGAAGAUAAGUGAACUACCAGCCAUAAAAGAAUGGAUCAGCAAGAGACCAGUGACAAACCUUUGAGGCCACAAUUUUUUUCAUAAUUUUGAAGAAAAUAUAGAGAAUGAAUUAUAUUUUUAAAUAGUUGAACUUACAUUGAUUUAAAUACGUAAUUUUUUCUUGCUGUUUUAUAACAGAAAAAUAAGCUCCUGCAACAAAGUUGCAUGUUUAUAUUAAUUGUGUAUCUUUACAAUAUAUGCUAAAAACUGUU